AUGGGCAUCGAUGCUGUCCUCUUCACUGACAUUUCUGCCUUCCGCUUUGAUGACUUCUUUGACAGCAUCAAAGACCCAGCAGAGAUCAAGCAGCAGUUCAACAAACUGAUAAACAUGAUUGUUCUAAUGCAGCCACAGCAAGCCAAGCUAAUGGCAAAGAUCAGCUAG